ACUGUCCCUUCAACUGUGUGUUUAAUCCAUUUGCAAGUGUAAAAUAGUUAUAUGAAAGCAACAUUGCAAUAUUAAAGGGCUAUAACAUAUUAUAGCAUAUUUUUGUACUUUUUUAUAAUCAAACUUUACAGACCCCAAAGACCUGCAUUGCCAGUCAUAUGCCUGCAAUCAUGGACCACAAACUACACUUCAUUCCCCUAAAGCCCCUGUUAGUCAUAUGCUUAUUUUUAUCAAUCAGCCCUUAAGUGUCACUAAAAUUAGACCUCACAACCGACCCAUGGAAGUGCAGCCCCUGUCAGCAGUUUUCCUAUCAGACUUCAGAGGACAAAUUCUUUAAGUUUUUUUAAAUAUAGCUAACUGGUGGUUGAAAUACCUGAAUGUCCAGUUAAACCGUGAAACCCUGACAACCCUAAAUAUGAGAGGGUGAAGUAGGAUUUCUGUCCAUCUACACUAACGGCAGAGAAAUAACAGCUGAGUCACACAACUUAAAAACAAUCUGUCCCUGGGACUGUUAUCUCUGUUUCCUUAUGACAAAGAAAGUUCUAGGGCUGGGUCAUUUGCCACUUCAUAUUGGCUGCCUGCAGAAACGCCUCCACCAAUGAGAACCUCCCAUUCAUAAGAACAACACAGACCCAGUUGGAGAGUGAAGCAGAGUAAGAAUAAGAGGCGACCAAUGAAAAACAAGAGCCGAAACCAGAGAGUGGUAUCCCUGGACCCUCCAAUGCCAAGGGGGUAUGUAGAGGCAAGCUGGGCCUGGGAUGUGAAUAUUCAGUCUCCAGACACAGUGCUUUCACCAUGCAAGAGAGCUGUCUACUUCCAUAUAGACCCAGUCAUAGACGGUGGUACUGCUGGGGUUCGAGGUGACAGAGGGUUUGUAUAUGGUGAACAUUACUGGGAAAUAGAGUUUCUGGAGCCUCCUGCCGGAAUGUCGGUAAUGGUUGGUGUUGGAACGAGCAAAGCUGCACUGCAUGCUGGGAAAUUUCGGUACAUUGACUUGUUAGGGAUGGAUUCAGAAAGCUGGGGUCUGUCUUAUAAAGGCACAGUCUGGCAUGGGGGCCACAGCCAAAGGUACACAGAGCCAUUCUACAGCCAGGGAACAGUAAUCGGUGUGCACCUGAAUCUGGAAGAGGGGACCCUUAGUUUCUAUAGGGAUGGGAAGAGUUUAGGCGUGGCAUUUACUGGACUGCAUAAGGUCCAAUCACCUCUAUAUCCUAUGGUUUCCUCCACCUCACCUGGUACUGAACUGGAGCUGGGCUUGCGUUGCUGCAGUUUACCAUCUCUGCAGGAGAGGUGCCUUGACACUUUGGCUCACAGUUUGGCACAAAAGGACUUGGCUGACUUCCUCCCUCUACCACCAGUAGUCAAAUGGAAGCUAAAAAGCUGGAAUUAUGACAAAACACAAAGUGUACUAGGGUGCAAGUAGUAACAUGGACCUUACUAUUGUAAUGAUCAUCCGUCCAAAUGCCACACUGAUGGCACAGAGAAUAACUAGAGCACGGAAUAUUCCUGCAAGUCAACAGGAAUCACAAGCAGUAAAUUCUGAGGAAUUAGUAGCCAGAUAGGCACAGUAGACAGAAGACACUGUAGGACACUGAUGUGCUUUAUCAGCUAUUGCACUGUCUGCUGUGUGUGUUUUUACACUCAGGGCAUUGGUAUCCUGUAUGAGUGUGAUAUGCUCCAUGUUUGCACUGGAGUCCGCAGAGGCAGCACACUUAGCUAAAUUAGUUAUUUUGGUCUUUAUUUUUAUUAACACUUGGAGCAUUAUACAGCUACCUCUAUCCAGGGAAUAAUAAACUUCUGUGCCUGCAGCUAAGUCACAACAUCAGGACCAAUUUUAUAUAUAGGUACAGUAUGUGUAUGUAUAUGUGUGUGUAUGUAUGUAUAUAUAUAUAUAUAUAUAUAUAUAUAUAUAUAUAUAUAUAUAUAUAUAUAUACUGUAUUAUCAAUUAAAGCCAAUUAUGGAACGCUAUAUAGCAGUGGUAGCCUUGAGAAGUUUGUAGUGUGCAUUUCCAGUUUUGAGAAUUAGAAAAUCCAAAUUUUUUCAGACCUAAGUUACAUGAAAAAGGGAAAAAUAAAUAAUGAAAGUAUAAUGCAAAUUUGUUUUAUUGCAUAUAGCCAAAUAUUAUAUAUUAAAAUCUCAAGGUCUCUUUAUUCAGAUAAAAUGCAGAUAGAAAGAAUUGAACUCAUUUGUCACCCAUUGGUAAUAUUGCUCAGUUGGAUGCUAAUAGCACUUAAAGGGACAGUCUAGUUGAAAAUGUUUAUUGUUUAAAAAGAUAGAUGAUCCCUUCAUUCCCCAGAUUUGCAUAACCAACACAGUUAUACUAAUACACUUUUUACCUUUGUGAUUACCUUGUAUCUAAGCCUCUGCAGACUGCCUCUUAUCUCAGUGCUUUUUACAAUCUUGCAUUUUAGUCAAUCUGAGCUGGUUCUUGCAUAACCAUUAUCAUUCUCCACAAAAGUGAACACAAUGUUAUCUAUAUGACACACAUAAACUAGCACUAUCUAGCUGCUGUGAAAGAUUGAAAAAGCACUGGAAUAAAGGACGGCCUGCUGGGGCUUAGAAACAGACAAACUUAGAGGGUAUAAAGUAUAUUAAUAUAACAAUCUUGGUUUUGCAAAGCUGGAGAAUGGGUAGUAGAGGCUUUUCCCUUUAAGAAAUAAAAAAAAUAAAGUAGACUGUCCCUUUAAAUAAUUAUUUUCCACUUCAGUGGCUUUUAAGCUUUGAAAAUGUGUUGUUUUCCCCCCAUUAAUAAGAGCAUUUUCAAACCAUCUCACACAUGUUCCACUGCAUCUGAAAAGAACACAAAAUGUGAUUUUUGUGAAUGCAGAGAAAUGAUACUGCUGAUUGGCUCAUCAGCUGUGUUCUGUUUAGGGACCGAAAUGCGUAUAAGCAGAACUUUAGCAAAAUUGUGAAAAAAGGAAUUUAGUUUAUAAAUAAAGACAGAAUUUUUUGUUUAACCCUUUGAUGACCGGGUUACUUUGUCUACAUCGGAACAACGUUCCGAUGUAAACAAAUUAUAAUCUCGCGAUUGUGAGAUUUCAAUGAUGGGAUCAGGUCAGGGGGUGUCCCUAUGAUGCAUCCAGGAAGCGCUGUUGGCUGAAGCCUGGCGCGGUUAGGAUGGAAUAGAACGCCAUAAAGGCCUUAAAAGGUUAACAUGGGAAAAGCAAAAACAAUUUAUAUGUAACUGCUUAGGGUGCCUUUAAUUUAUGUGUUGUACAUUUAAAUAGCAUAUUUACAUAUGCUAUGUUUUCCGUUCAAAAGAUUCAGAUUUAAGGAACUGGGAAAAUGUUUUUCCAUGUAUAAUUGUGAGUGCAAAUAAAUGCUUGUCGGGAAAAUGCUUCUAUUUAUAAUUUAAAUGUACCCAUGAACAUUUCAGUUUGGACCUCUCUAUUUUUAAGGCUAAAACACAUCCCCCUCCCCAGUUGCAUGACACAACCUAUGACUGGGAAGGAAGCUUAAAGUGAUGGUAAAUUUUAGCUAAUCUUUGCCAUUAAAAAAAGUAUAUGUGUACCUUUUUUUGUUUUUUAAUCUAUAAGUGAAAAGGGUUAAAUCCAUGCCUAUAGAAUAUAUAUAUACAUAUAUAUAAUGUAUAAAGUAUUCCAAUGAACAUCCAAUCAGUGCGUGUGUCAUACGACACUCUUGAAACCCAGCCCUUUGAAAGCCCUUUAGGAAGCCUAUGUAUGUAGAGAGUGGGAGGGACUGCUCCUAUGUCACAUCUCAAAAUGUUUUGUGUGUGUAUAUAUAUAUAUAUAUAUAUAUAUAUAUAUAUAUAUAAUUAUGCAGUUUUGCUUGUACACUGACAUUUACCAUCACUUUAAUCCAACAAAAUUUAGGAUAUUAAAGACUAAAUAAAUGCUAGGUAUAGUAAUGUAUUCCACACAAUGAAUAUCCUAAGAAAUAAUCAAGAAUAUUUUAAAGGGAUAGAAAGGUCAAAAUUGAAACGUGCAUGGGUGCAUUUGAAUUUUAAAUUUAAAUAUAUUGUAAAAAUUAUUCUAUUAGAAAGAAAAUGCUUCUAGUAAACUCUGUUUUUCAGCAGCAUAUGCACUACUAUGUUGCUUUUGGCUCAUUUUGGUGCCAGAUGUAUUAGAGUAAAAUGUCAACAUACUAUUCUCUGAUUUGCACAGAUGUGGGUCUAACAGUUGUCUAACAUAUGCUGUAUGGUCUAAGGUAUUAUUGUUGUUUCUUCAUAACACUGUGAAUCAUAUAUAUCGCUUUUGUACUUUUUUGUAUCAUACUGGAAAAUGUAAUAAAAUUAUAAAUACAUUGUCUUACUUAA